AUGAUGUUUCUCGCACUUUUGAUAGUUACAAAGUUUGUUGUUGCCACUAAUUUGUCGUCAAGCGGAACAAAUCGGCGAAAUCUAAUUUUCAAUAUUGAUCAGCUGUUUGUUGAAACUAGUAAGGUCACUGACAUUUUAAAUCAGACUGUUACACUUUUUUAUUUUUUUUUCUCUCCCUUAUUCUAGGCGAUGCUAUACGUUUUGGAUCAAAUAAGCAGCGUCUCUAUCCCCAGUUCUCAUUGACAACGUCUGAAAUCAGCGUUCGUGCCACUCUCGAUGAUGAAGACGCGUUUGGACAUUGUCGGAAGUACUGUUCCUCGCGUAAGAAGGUUUAUAAACAUUUGCUCAAAAUGCGACGCUCUGUUGUGGAGCCUCAAAAGCCUCCACAAUUCCCAAACAAAUUAGCAUAAACCAACUCCUAUAAAAGCAACUUCGCGUCACCAAUCACGGAAGAAUAAUCUCAUUUCUCUUUUCCCGGCGUGCGGUCGCAAAAAAUCUGGUCUUAGUCCUGUGUCUAUUCGCAAUACCUAUCUAUAUCUACAGUGAGGGGCCUGAUCCAAUGGCAAAAAACGUCUCCUUUUGCAUCCCGGAAGGGACCAAAAUGACUCCAAACCAUUCCCUUUGUAAGCUAAAAAACUCCGCUUUGAAAAGCGCGCCCUUUCCUUCAAGGCGGGCUCUUCAAAUCGGGGUUUUUUAGCUUAGCGAAGGGAAGGGUUUGGAGACAUUUUCGUCCCUUCCGGGAUGCAAGAUGAGACGUUUUUUACCAUUGGAUCCGGUCCCUCACUGUACGUUUGAUCCUACACCACACGCUCACAAUCAGACACUAGACGAGCCAAAAGCUCUUGAUAUGUUUUCGUACGGUGCGGUUGGCGUUGCGAAGUGGCUUCGGGCGAGAAAAAGGCUGAAAAGUGCGAAUGAAGAACGUACAGUCUCAACCUUUUUCGAACGCGUUCAUUUCGCAUUGUGUAUGUUGCACCGUUUCAGGGGCUCACGUAUAACCCUGGGCAAAAUUGGAAGGAAAGAGCAUGUCACAUUUGGGAUACCUUCAUUUUACUGAUACCACCGUUUCAGCCGAAUUCUGCCGUCUCUACUGUCCGAUGGCCUGCUGCUUCCCUAAGGCAUCGAUAAAAAAAUACGACACGAAGUCCGAAAUGGCUUACGACAAAAAUUCAACGCUCUUAAAGGUCAGUAAUCGCUUUUGGAUUUCGCCCACCUUGCAAUCGUAUGGUGUCUACGCUGAAGAUGAAGUUUUUGUCCAACUCGAAAAUCAGGAAGCAUUUAGUAUUGGUCGUACGGAUAUUGCGCUGGUGCUCAUCCAACUCAUAUUCAACUACUUCUUCGAUAGUGGAGUGUAAGUGUGCGCCGGGCUUUUGUCAUUUUUAGAGACAAAAUCGGGUUGGCGAGAAGUCCAGACUCCAAAAAUCUUGUGGAAAGGCUUUACGACCAAGGAAGGGUCUCUUCGGCUGUGGUAACAAUCGUCCAUGCUCCACACUAUAAACUAGCCAUCGGCGACUAUCACAACGAGCAUUGCCGGAGCCCGUGGAAUAAAGUGGAAUCGUUGGGGGACCGAGAGUGGAUGCUAGGCCUUAGUGGGUAUAGAUUAUUGACCCAUGAAUCUGAUGAAAGGUCAAGGGUAGGUUCUGUGAACAAAAACAGUAUAUUCUCUCCCAAAGUUUUGAAAAUUUAUUUGAAGCAGUAAAAUACCACUAGGUCCAUUUUAGGCGAUCCUCGUCGGCGACGACAUCGUUGGUAUGCCAAGAUUUUUACUCAAUGCAUUCAUUAACGAGAACGUCUUAGCUCCACGAGAAAUGCAUGACAACAAAAACUUUUAUGUCUUUAACCGAACGAAAUUCAAGUCGCAGUAUUAUUUUACAACUGACAAUGGAUUUCGCCUUGAUCUACGGGAUUUUUUCGACGCAGGUGAUUCAGAUUUGGUAUCAGUCGCUAUAAACGCGGUUGACAUCAACCCGGACAACGUCCAUUGGCUGUUAAGCCACGUGCUGUACUAUUGUUACUGUGUGAGAUUGGAUUAUCAUCAAAAUACUAUCGAAUUCGCAAGGCAUGUCGUAUAA